AAAUGAAACCAAUAAACAUUUCCAUUCUUCUGUUUCUAUUAUUAGCUCGAGAGAUGCUGCAUAUGAAGAGAUUAGUUUGUUGUAUAUUUCCCAAUUUGGAAAUCAUUUGGUUACACUGCAAAUUGAAAUCAUUUGGUUACCCUGCUUUGAAUUUGCUUGCAAAUUAUUACGUGUCCUAGGUUGAAGAACAGAAGGUUAAUGGUGAUGCGUUCCAGAUGUUCAAUGAAAUGCCAAAGGGAGAUAUGCAUACCAAAUGUUUGAUGUAAUAACUAAUAGAAACUUGGUUUUUUCUUGUUGUUUGUGCUUCAUGUGAUUCCAACUCUAUACCAAAGAAAGAACAAUUAGCAUGUUCUUUUUUGGCAGUAUUGGACAUUUUAGUUGCGACCUUGCUUUGCAUCCUCUAAUGCUUUUAUUUACUGUUUAGUGCAGGGAUGUGUGCUCAACGUGGCAAAGUAGGCAUCUUCAAGAAUGAUGGGAAAAACUGAUGCAGGCUAAUGCAAGGGGUUCUGGCAUAGUUGAUGUAAGCUGAAGCAGGGGGUUCUGGCAUAGGAUGAGAAUUGGAUGUAGGAAAUUCGCUUCUAUUUUUUUUUUUUUUUAUCGUAAAAAUCUGUGUGAAUUUUCUGCUCAUGGGAUUUUUUCUACUUGAAAGAAAGGGAGUUUGGAAUUUUAAGUUGCCAGAAGUGCCCUUAUGAAGGGUUUAAUGCCUUUUCAGUAACUGUUUAAUGCCCGUCUCACUUAAAUGAUAUUGAAUAAAGAAAAUCAGAGAUACUUUCUUAGGCAUUCCACAAGGACCUAUCGUGCAUAUUGGAGCCACUGUGCAGUAUUUUGCUCCUUUGCUUACUCAACAAGUCUGUUAGAUCAUGAGGGGCCUUUUUUCUUCCACUAUGCAGUAUUCUGCUUAUUCAAGGUCGAUUCAGGUGUAUUGGAAACUGGAAUAUUUAUAUUCAUUGGUUUUGGAUGCUUUGGAGUUCAUUUCUCAAAAGAGGUGUCGACCCAAGAAUCAAGGUGGAGGUUUGGCCAAGACGACAGGGAAUACAUGAUAGGUCGCUGGAUUUGGGAGUCAGGAAGAAAUUAUUGUGUGAUGAAGACAGCUAAAGGCGCAAAGAUAUUUAGUGCUGCAGUAGCUGCCACCAUUGAUAGUCAACAAACUGGGAAAGAUGGUGAAGAAAAGCUGAAAAUGCAUACACACUCUUACUGCUGCUUAGAUCAUGCUCAGUUGAAACCAGUUAGUGUGGUCAUCGAUUUCACUGACCCAUCAAUGGUUUAUGACAAUGUGAAACAGGAUUCUAGUUGUAGCAAGUGUUUGCCAUUUGUUGGGAGAAUCCUAUAAAGUUGCUGGGGUGUGUAUAACAAAAGGCAUCCAGAGUGAAGACUGAUGGGAAAGAGAUUGAAGAAACCCUCUCACCUAUUUUUGUAAAUUUUUUCGUAAUGGAAAUUUCAAGAUUGUAGAAAUUGGAUAUGAAAAUUAAUUUCUAAUGUGGAACAACUCUUAAAAGUAUAGGAUGCACAAAGGAUAGUCUUUGUU